AUGAAAAGCUUUGUCAGAAUUUCUGCACUUUUAUGGGCAGACAUAUUAGUAUUAUACGCGUUCUUCGUGAUGCAAAACUACCUCACAAAUGUAUGGAAACUUAGCUUCACUCAUGCUGCCGCCAUUUUGAACGUAUGGGGUGGAAUCUCUUUGAUGCUGCCCGUUUUCUUUCUAUUCCUAGUCGAUGCCGUUUUAGGCCACUUCAUGAUGCUCGUAAUUUCCAGCCUGGCAUACACCGUGGGAGUCGGGCUUGUUACCAUGUCGACCCCUCCCGUACUCGCGAACUCGACCGGUUCGUGUAAAAAAUACGAGCCGCGAUGCAUCGGUCGAGCUCAGAAAUCGCUAUUCUACACGGGCAUGGCACUAGUAGCCGUGGGAAUAGCCGGUCACUUAGUCUCGGUUCGCCCUUUUCUCGACGAACAACAAGAUAAACCUAAGGGAAGAAAUCAUUCGUCGAAAAUCGAGUGUUUGAAACUACCGGGUUUUACUCUAAUCGUCGUUUUGCCUAUAGUCGGGGCGAUUGCACUCCCGUACAUAAAACCGUGGGACCUCCGAUUCGGAAUCCCGGCCAUAUGCACGGCUUUGACUACUUUCUUUUUCUUGACCGGUUGGUGCACGUACGACAAGGCCAGUCCUCAGGGGAGCCCGUUGACGAACGUUUGCCGAGUAUUCGUGGCCGCUUUUCUGAAAAAAUCCAAGCAGGUCCCGGCUGAUUCCGAUCAUCUCUAUAUAAGAGAUGGUGAAAAUCUUAAGUCUUUUUCGCGCACUCGCUUUCUCAGGUGCUUGGAAAAAGCGGCCGUUGAAUCUAAAGACGAGAACCUCAAGAGCCAAGACGAAAACCGAUGGAGACUAUGCUCGGUUUCCGAGGUUGAGGAUGCGAAAAUCGCGGUCCGCAUGAUUCCCAUGUGGCUCACAUUUAUAAUGUGCGGCAUAGUUUCUUCAACCGGGAACACAUAUUUUGUCGAGCAAGCCAAUCACAUGGAUCGAAAGCUCGGGUCGUGGAAAGUCCCGGUCCCAAUACUACUACUACUUUCCGAGUGGGUCAAGAGCCUUUUCGCCUCGCUCGCCAGUUGUUACCUCAAACGAUCCAAAAGCUACGCGCCCUCGAUCGGGAUAGCAAUAUCCAUGGUUUUCUCGAUCCUUUGUUGCAUAACGGCCGCAAGAAUCGAGAAUCGGAGGAUAAGGAUAAUAUGGGAACAUAAUUUGGCGGACAAGCCAGAUGACAAGGUCCCGAUGAGCGUGUUUUGGAUGCUUUUUCAAUUCUUUUUACUCGCGGGCUUGAAUGCUUUUUUAGAUAAAGGUGUGGCUAAGUUUUACGAGGACCAAUCGCCUGAGUCCAUGAAAAGGUAUCUCGAGCUUUUCACGAAGGGGGUCUCGGGACUCGGGUUCAUUUUUGCCGUUGUCUCGGUUUAUGCGGUGGGGAAGGUUAGCGAAAGACGAGGGGGAAAGAAUUGGUUUCAAUACACGUUGAAUAGGAGCCGUUUGGAUAGGUAUUAUUGGGUGCUUGCCGGGUUGAGUUUCGCGAAUUUGGUUGUGUUUGCUUUUGUGGCUUCAUUUUAUCGGUAUAAGGAUCGGGAGACGAGCGACGAGUGUGCGGAAAUCGAGGGCUCGUCCGGUUUGCCUUCGGAUGGGAAUGGAGAAGGUGUUUCUUGCUCUUGUUGUGGUUAA